UACUUACUUUACUCCCUUGACCCUUACUUACUUACUUACAGUGUUGUGUGUUUGUGGUGUGGUACCUGGUGACUGGUGUAAACUUGUAAAGUGUUAACUGAAAGUAAAGUAAAUUAAGUUCGUAGGCAAACCUCGAAAACUUCUGAAGAAUUUGUGUAAUUUUAAGUGUAACUUUUACUUUUUUUAAAUGAUGGAUUAUGAAUUUAAAAUUAAAACUGCAAAUGAACGGACUAAAGUUGAAGACUUGUUCGACUAUGAAGGGUGUAAAGUUGGACGAGGAACUUAUGGACAUGUUUACAAAGCUAGAAGAAAAGAUGGACCUGACAUGAAUCGAGAGUUUGCUCUGAAACAGAUAGAAGGAACUGGGCUUUCAAUGUCUGCUUGUAGAGAAAUUGCAUUACUUCGGGAAUUGAAGCACCCAAAUGUGAUAAAUCUGAUUCGUGUCUUCCUUUCACAUAAUGAUAGAAAAGUAUGGCUCUUAUUUGACUAUGCAGAACAUGAUCUGUGGCACAUAAUCAAGUUCCAUAGAGCUGCAAAAGCAAAUAAGAAACCGGUUAUGGUUCCUAAAGCAAUGGUGAAAUCACUGUUGUAUCAAAUCCUAGACGGGAUCCAUUAUUUACAUUCUAAUUGGGUUCUACAUCGAGAUCUGAAGCCAGCCAACAUCCUGGUAAUGGGCGAGGGUUCGGAGAGGGGGAGAGUGAAGAUCGCAGACAUGGGGUUUGCUCGGUUGUUCAACGCUCCACUCAAACCUCUCGCUGACCUUGACCCCGUGGUGGUGACCUUCUGGUACCGGGCACCAGAGCUACUGUUGGGGGCAAGACACUACACAAAGGCCAUCGAUAUAUGGGCUAUUGGUUGUAUCUUUGCGGAGCUUUUAACGUCCGAACCAAUAUUUCACUGUCGGCAGGAAGAUAUCAAAACCAGCAAUCCUUAUCAUCAUGAUCAACUAGAUAGGAUAUUUAAUGUUAUGGGAUUUCCGUUAGAGAAGGACUGGGAAGAUAUUCGUAAAAUGCCUGAACAUCCUACAUUGCUUAAGGACUUUAAACGCUCCAAUUACUCCAACUGCUCUCUUGUCAAGUACAUGGAUCGUCACAAAAUCAAACCAGACACAAGGGCUUUCAACUUGUUGCAGAAACUUUUACUGAUGGAUCCCAACAAAAGGAUAACUUCGGAGCAAGCAAUGCAAGAUGCUUAUUUUAAGGAAGAGCCUUUACCUACGCAGGACGUGUUUGCUGGCUGCACGAUUCCUUAUCCGAAAAGAGAGUUCAUCACUGACGAGGAUCAAGAAGAUAAAAGCGACACUAACAAAGCGAGGCAGACAGCAGCCAACAAUGGAGGCCAGGGUGGCGCGUCCGACGCAGGCAGCCACCACAACAGUCACAACCACGCGCACGGCAACAACGCCAAGCGUGUGCGGCUCACUGCGCCUCCCCACCCCAACAACAACCAGGGGAUGGUGCAACAACAGCAACAGGAGUUCCAUCAUGUGACACAACAAGGAAUCAUUUACACGUCUCAAGCCAACAAUCAACAGACUAACUUCAGCCAACGCUUCUAGUCUGUCACUUACGACUGAAAGUAACUUAUCUAAUAGUUCAGAAGUGAAAACCAAUAAGUUUAGUUCUAAUAUUUUACACUAAACUGGUAAAAACAUCAUUUAUUGUAUAAUUUAUUACUUUCCCUAUUGAAUUUUGUAGCUUCAUAUUAUAAACAAAUUUAAAAACAAAGAAAUUUAAUGAGUUUAAAGAAUUUAUGAUACGUUACGUUUUUGUAUUUUUGUCAGUCUUAAGUCGUAUGUAAUAAGGAUUACUAGUUUCGCUUCAUACGACCCAUUGUCAAAUCAAAGAUGUCGGAUUCGAGAUUCGAUAAUGGCUCUUAUCUCACGAAACCUGUUAUUAUCAGACCAGUAUAUACAAACACUGAAAACAGACAAAGGUACUCAAUUGCCUUUUCUUUAAAAACGUCCUGAGUUAAGCUUCGCCACACACCUCGAAAACCUUGGAAAGUUUCAGUACUAAUUAUGGAAUGUUAUAUACACAUCACUGCAUUUACAGAAGACCUACUAGAUUUAAAAUGCCAAAUAACACUUCACAAAACUAGCAUUUUUUCUAUUUAAAAUCUGUAAUCCAAUCAAAGUAAUGGUUAUUUGAGUAAUUACCAUCAGCUGCUCAAUAAAAACAUUAUAGUUUCAUUAAUAUAGAACCAGAAUAUAUAAAAAAAAUAUUCAUCCUCCAAAUUAAAAUUUAUUUAUUGGCUGGUUCUUAACUUUUGUUUUAAGCAGUAAUGAGGAUGAAAUACCUCUUAUCUUCAGAGACUUUAAAAUUUUAAUGUAUAUUGGAUUUAAAGUAUCAAAUUUAGAAACAUUUUGCUACACCUUCUCUUGUAAGACAAUCUAAUUACACUUUUUCCUUUGUAACAUAGUUUGAAAACUGACUUUAAGAAUGCAUGCUUCUUAUUUAUGUAUAACUAGUGAACCUGUGCGGCUCAAUGCCCCGCAAAAUAACAUAUGAAUUUAGAAAACAAAUUCAUCCUGUUAUUAAUAUUGACUCGACGUCGAAAGUUAAAUACAGUAAUAAUAAAGCCUUAGAAGGGAAGCAGUCCAGUCAUUUUCUAGCUGUAUGUGUAUUAUAUUUAGUAUAUUAAUAAGUGUUCAAGUUCAAGUGUGUUCCUAGUUAUUUGUUAAAGAUUUUAAAACACAUUUAACAAAACAUUUUAUCAUAUCAAACCAAAAGGCCUAUGAAGCAUAUUUUGAGGGUCUUACAAUGCUGUUUGAAGAAUAUACUUUUAAAAAUAAACACUAAAAAACAAUAUUUUUAUCACAAAAGCACUUCCACGAAUACUACGAUUUUAGUCUUAAAGUUACCUUCAGGAAGAUUACCCUGGUCAGAAUUUUCCGUAAUGAAUAUGCGUAUCCUAUUAAAAGAUGUAGCCUUACUUAAAACAACAUACAAUAUAGUUGCUCAUGACUGAAAUUGAUCUGGGUAAGAACAGUGCUGAUCUUUAAAUAAAGGGUUUGUGCUGCAAAUGCCAAAGAUAACAUAAAUUAGCAUCUUUCCAUUUUAAAAGGUAACUUAAGUUUGUUUCAGACGGGCACAUUUUUAUCCUCGAAAUCAACAUAUGUCCCCACUUACUUGUCCCGGUUAAGACUUUACAUUCUAUUAAGCUGUUAACCAUUCUGAUCACAUGAAGCCUUGUGCCAUUAAUGAGGCCCUUUUGAUGUAUUAAUAUUCCACAUCAAUAAAACCACUGCCCCCUUUUAUUAGUCUAAUCUGAGUCUUGGCAAUACACUGACCUCUAUAUUUAAAAACUCAGUUGGAUUUUCUGAUGGAUGUCUCCGCCUUUGUCUGUUUUCGAGGACCCACUCUUCUUCCCCUUGCCAUACUGACAGUUAAUUACCUAACUUGUCAAGUUCAUGUACUAAUUCAUUAAUACUGUUAGUUUAUAAAGAAAAUUAGAUAAAAGUUACUUGGCUCGGUGCUUUCAUAACUGCAAACUCAAAAUACACCCAGAAGUAAAAAAGACUCAAGUUAUUGGUAAAAAAAAAAAAAACUAUGUUUGUGUAACAACAUUAUUCACAUGAAGUAGAUGAUUUGUUUGAUUUGUCAAUCAGCUGUUUUAUUUACAUAAAACGAUUUAAUAAUGUCAAAGAUUUGUGAGUUUAAAUACAUAAACUAUUAUAGUAAAGUUUUCUAAAUCAUGGUAACUUAUUCUCAACUAAAUUUUACUAUUCCCAACAUUAAAAUAAAGUAGGGCCUAUUAAGAUCCAUUAUGGGUAAACUUUAAGGUACACAAUCCUUGAUUGAAAUGUAGUAUACAUUAACAGUCAUAACACACAGCAAUAAAUUAUUAUGUAGUAGACUUUGACUAUUUUCAAGUAACAAACAUAUGUUUCUGUAAAUAAAAAUCAUCUCCCAUGUUAUCCUUAUGGAGAAAUGUGAAACUUUAAAGGGCCUCAGGGCCUCACUCUCUAAUUAUUUCCUUAAAAAGAAAGUUUCCUGCACAACUUCACGUUACGCUCUUUCCAAUGACACCAAAAUCAUGUCAUUCGGUUCAGUAGUUUCAGAGGAGUAAUUGUCACAAAAUAUCUGCUUGCGUAUUAAAUAAGUACGAGAGGUCGUCCAGUGGUCGAAACUCGACCAAAAAUAUGUAAUGUAAUAACUUAUCUAUUUUCACCCCACACUGUAAAUAAAACAUGUGAUUGGAGUUUCUUCCAUUUGUUUUGAUUUUCUGUUUAUAUUUCGUUGUUAUUUCGUAACCAGCAUAGCAACGCAUAAGAUCCAUGUUAAUUUUUUCAAAUUUUUAAACUCAUUUUUUGUGCUUAUCUUUGAGCCUAUUUAAAUUUAUAAAGGGGUUCUGCACACCUACAGGAAAAUAGCUUUCCAACGGUAUGCGUAGAUUUUCCCUACGAUGCACACGAGCUGAGAAAAAAGGUUUUAAAGAAACAUGCUUGCCUAUUAAUAUAUAGAUAGAUAGAUUUACUUGAUUUAAAAAAAACUGUUUACCAAAAACCUAAAUAUAAAAAACUCACUGUAGAUAGGAAAAACAAUAAUUAGUUCAAAAGUGAAUUUAAAGUUUUGUAAAAAUGCUUUAAAAAGAUAAUAGAACAUAUUCAUCAUUCUUUUGAUGCUUUUGCAAAUCAUUGUGAUUGCAUAAUUGUAAAUAUUCUGCAGUUUUGUUUUUGUUGAAAUUGUUUUAUUUUGUGAUGAAAAUUGCAUUAUUACUCUUAAAAACUGUACUUGAAUAAACCAAAUAAAAUUAUUU